CAACGGUUCUUCUCAUUCCGCGCUAGACCUGCUGCAGCGUUGGUGCAUCACAAUUCAGUCCGUCGUCAACGGUCGAACGGUUACGACGAGUCUUGGUCUUUGCAGUAAGAGUUGCUAGAAAUGGCGCGCAAUUCCGGACGCGUUCUACGGGUCGUCGGUGUAGUGUUGACGCUGAUGGUCGUUUGUGUACGAUGUGAAAUGCGCAAAUCCUGGAAGGUGAAGAGUACGACAGCAGCGGAUGAGGAGCUGCCGAGUCCCGUUCUGGUGAAGCAAUCUCGGAUGGAACAGGAAGUGGAGGCUGCAGAUCCUGGUCCGAACUUGGUAGAAUCUCGGACGGAACAGGUUGAGCAGGAGACAUCUCCAGCAAGUAGUUCAACGACUGCGGCAAGUCAGAGCCAGACAACGGCCAAGAGUCGUCUUCGGAGUACAUACGUGGCGAAUCGGACAGCGGCGUUGUUUAACUCACUUCGGGAGAGCGUCAAGGCGGCACCGUUCCUGGAGGACCACGUGCCGGACAUACAAAUCGACGACUUCUCCGCGGACGAUACGGAAGAGGAUGAUUUCGGUGGUGAAGAACGCGACGACCACGAUGCCAAAGCUAAGAAAAGCGACGAGGAUCCUUACGCCGAAGGGUACGACAUGAUCGAGACCAUCCUGGAGGAGGUUAAAAGCAUCGCGAGUGGGGAAAAGCCUGCCGAGAAACCGGAAGCGACCGCCGAAGAACCAGCCGAGAAGGUCAAGCAGUAUGACUUUGGACCGGUGCUGAACAUGACCAUAGACGAGCCGAACAACAUCGUGAACGUGAAGCUCAACGAGAAGGUGUUGAAGGAUAUCUUCACGGGUCGUGGUAGCGGCGGUGGCUUUGGAGGUGGCAACAAGAAGAUGUGGAAGUACGCGAUGCCCCUGUUCAUCCUGCCCUUCCUGAUUCAGUCGGCGGUUGUGCCGUUUAUGCUGAUGACGGUGAAGUUGUUCCUGUUCAAGUCUUUCCUGGCGGGUAAGUUGGCGAUCCUGUUGCUGUUGCUGGGGGCGUUCAAGAACUUUACCCAGAAGAAGGAAAAGGACGUGUACAUCAAGGAUCUGCCUGAGCGGCGGUACGAGCCAUACAACGAGUGGCCCUAUCCGUACCACUCCGAAGGGGGGAGGCCAAGCUGGGCUUAGUGGGGGAGGCGUCCGGUGAGGACGUUUCAGGGUGGUGGUGUCCUGGGGAGAAAGCCGUUCUCGCGGUUGAACAAUCCAAAUCAAUCUGUUUGUAUGAAUUAAAUGUUUGCCGUAGAGUGUAGUAAGUUAUUGUUAUUUUUUAAUUUAUUGAUUUAUUUAGUAUUAUUAGUUUUGAGCUAAGUCACAAAAUCACCGUUUCACGUGUUACAUUAAUGCAUAGAACCAUUCUCGUAAAGGUUUCAUUUGUUGUUAAUAAAAAUGUCACUGCAUUGA